AUGUUCAAGAAACCUGCCACAAAUGUCAAAUCUUGGCUUUUGAGCAAUUCCGACCGUCGCAAAUUACGCGAGGAGCUGACAAAACGUUUCCCAGAGCUUUCAAGUUAUGAAACAAAGCAAAGCGAACAAAAUGUUUAUAUCCUUCCUGAUCGCAUUCAUAGGGCUAAUAUAACCACUUAUAAUGAUUUCAAUGGAAUGAUAUAUAUCGAGGAAAAAAACCCCAUAUGGUUUAGGUUCGACAAAGACAAGAAAGAUAUCCUGAUACCUAGUGUUUACAUAUUAUGGCGUUUUCCUAAUCUUUUGCCAAAGAUUCCCACGUUUACUCCUGUAAUCUCAAAGUUAAGAGGUGGCGCAAAUUUAAUGAUUCCCGGCAUUGCGUUUCCUCCCGAAGGAUUACCGGAUGUUGGAGAAGGAGAAAUCGUGUCUAUUAUUAUUAGAGGAUCUACUUAUCCACUUGCUGUAGGUUUCAUGUGUGUACCUACUAACACACUUGAACGUGGAUCAGUAAAAAAGGGCAUCGCCGUACAAAUCAUUCAUAUUUACCGAGAUCAUUUGUGGAGUAUGGGAGACAAGAGUCAACCUCCCGAAGAUGAGGAAGUUAAAACCGAUUCUAUUUCCCAGGGUCAAGAAUCGGAAGAGCAGGCUUUCAAUGAAAUACAAACUACAGAUGAGACAAUUGAAGAGAGUGGUGAAAUCGCUGAUCUGCAUGCAGAGACAACAAAUGAUGAGGAACAGGUGAUUGAAGGCUCAUAUGAAGAGGAAUCAGAAUCUAAAAACAGUGAUGUUGAUAAAUCAUCUGCAAAAUACACCACUGCAGAAGUCGAUAAUCUUUUGCAGGCAUCAUUUUAUCAGGCUCUAUUGGAAAAAUUGACACCAUCUGGAACUUUUCCUAUCACAAGUUCGCAACUUUACUCUGCGUAUAUUCUUCCCUCACGUCCUGUUGGAACAGAUAAUGAUGUGGACGUAAAAAAAUCUAGCUAUAAAAAGAUCACCAAAUUUCUAAAGGCGAUGGAGAAAAAAGGAGUUAUCAAACUCAAGGAACAGCGCGGUGAUACUCUCUUGGUUGGAGUUAAGUGGGAUCACAAAGAACUUAAAUUGUUUAAAACGCAUAAAACAAUAGAGAAAGCAUCUAUUUCUAUUGCGAAAUCGCAAACCCAGAAUGAAGAAAUAUCUUCAGAUUCUAAUAGUGUGGACCAAAUUAAAAUUAUUGAGGUCUCUAUGUCCAAAGGUGCUUUAUUCAACGAUAUAUUCGUACUCCAAAUUAAUGAUUUUAAUCGUUCAUUUAAAAGUAAAGGCGAAGCUUAUGAAUAUAAGGAGAUAUACCAAAUAGUCCUUGAUUACAUUAAAUCGCAUGAUUUGGCUGACAAGAAUAACAGAAAGUUGUGCACAUUUAUAAUUCCUGAUGAACUGCUUCGUAAAAUUUUUGCAAACAAGCAGGGAGAACCUAUUCCUGACAAAUUGACACGAAAUGAUUUAGUUCAUCAUGUUCAAAGCUGUAUGGAUGAAUAUCAUUCUGUGACUCUGCCGGGAGAUGAACGUCGACUAAAGUUAAAAGGACAACCUAAGCAUAUACAAAUUUCUGAGGCACGUCGAAUGGGCAAUAAGAUUGUCACCCUUAUCAAAGGUUUAGAAGAGUACGAAAUUGAUCCCAAAGAUUUGAUAGAGCCUCUUAAAAAGUUAUGUGCAAGCAGUGUUACUGUUCUUCCAUCUCCACAUUCAUCACCUAAGAAACCGCUGUCUGAGUUAAUGGUCCAAGGUCCUCAAACUAAACAAGUUAAAGAAUAUCUAGUUAAUUCUAAAGGAUUUCCUGAAAAGUAUAUUCAAAUUACUAAAUUGAAAAGUAAAGACAAAAGUAGUGGAAAGAAAGGAUAA